AUGGAUGCGUUUAAUUUAGCAAGAGAGCUGGUAGGAAAGAAAGAGACAGAAGAGGAUGCACUGCUUGCCCAGCUGCAAUCAGUGAAGGAGCCUGUUAAUUUUAAGGGAGCUGUGCAGCUGGGAAAGUAUCUGUACAGGACAGAACAAAACCAGUUGGUGUCUCUAGCCAUUGCCAAGAGCAAACCGAAGAAUGGAGUAGCACACGGGAUGAUAGAGAUCAAUGGACUGUGCAUCUAUGUAUUUACAAACGAAUAA